CUCACUGGGCUAUGUUUCUCUUGUCUGAUUUUAUCAUUCAUCUUAGCACACACAGGAAGGCAUGAGCAAGACCAACAACAUGUCCCUGGACACGCUGGUGACUGAUUUCAUUCUCCUGGGCUUGUCUCACCCCCCAAAUCUGAGGAUCUUCCUCUUCCUGGUCUUCUUCAUCAUUUACAUUCUGACUCAGCUGGGGAACCUGCUCAUUCUGCUCACCGUUUGGGCCAACCCAAAGCUCCAUGUGCGCCCCAUGUACAUCCUUCUGGGCAUGCUGUCAUUCCUGGACAUGUGGCUCUCAUCAGUCAUCGUCCCUCGCAUUACUCUAAACUUCACUCCUGCCAGCAAGGCUAUGCCAUUUCGUGGCUGUGUGGCUCAACUAUAUGCCUUUCAUUUCCUGGGUAGCACCCAGUGCUUCCUUUACACCUUAAUGGCCUAUGACAGGUACCUGGCAAUAUGCCAGCCCCUGCACUACCCUGUGCUCAUUAAUGGAAGGUUAUGCGCAAUCCUUGUGGCUGGAGCUUGGGUGGCUGGCUCCAUCCAUGGGUCGAUCCAGGCCACCCUGACCUUCCGCCUUCCCUACUGUGGGCCCAACCAGGUGGAUUACUUUUUCUGUGACAUCCCAGCAGUGUUGAGACUGGCUUGUGCUGACACUACUGUCAACAAGCUUGUAAUCUUUGUGGACAUUGGAGUAGUGGCCACCAGCUGCUUUAUGUUAAUUCUGCUCUCCUAUGCCAAAAUAGUCCAUGCUAUCCUGAAGAUACGCACUGCCAAUGGGCGGCGCAGGGCCUUCUCCACAUGUGGCUCCCACCUGACUGUGGUCACAGUCUACUAUGUCCCCUGUAUUUUCAUCCAUCUCAGGCCUGGCUCCAAGAGUUCACUGGAUGGAGCAGUGGCUGUGUUUUACACUGUUGUCACUCCCUUACUGAACCCCCUUAUUUAUACUCUCAGGAACCAGGAUAUGAAGUCUGCUUUGAAGAGGCUAGCAGCAGGUCAAGGGGUUGCAAAUGAAAGUAAGUAA